UUUUCUCUAGCCAAUCAGCAAGCAGCAUCCACCCCCCUUCUUUUCUUUCCCCUGUAUGCCUUCACUGCUGAGUGAGCAAAGCACGCCUAGCUCUAUCAGCUGAGAGGAAACCAACACACACACAUGCACAUCGACACAGAGAGAGGAGGUAGGAUAGCGAGAACGCUCCAAAGGAGGGGCCUGAGAGCUGAUAGAGGGAAGGAAGAGAGGGUGAGGAAGAGGAGGAAUGGGAGUCGAGGGGGAACUGAAGCAUGAGAAGGGGCUUUUGUGUCAAAGAUACUUUGGAGGUGCGCAAAUCAGAGAACGGAGGAAAGGGGAAGCCUGAGAAGGGGGGUGGAACAGGCGGGACUAAUGGAGGCUGAGAGUUGUUGAUGGGCUUUUGAUUUGUGUGUGUGAGUGAGGGUGGAGAGAGGUAGACAGGAAGAAAACAAGAAAAAAAAAAGGACAGAGAGAGCGAGCACGAGUGCAGGCUUUUUGGACAUCCUGACAAAACAAGCCAAGGGAGGCAGUACGACUUGGCUGGUCUCUCUCGACACCUCCUAUUCAGGAGGGAGGAAGCAGAGGAGAGACAACAAACUGGAGGAGUUGAGCGAGAGCAGGCAGGCUGACCCUGUGGAAAACAGAAGCGCAGAGGAGGACAGAAAGAAAAGCGUCAGCGCAGUCACUCACACCAGACCCAAAGUAGAGGAAGGAACAAGGGGAGAGGGCAGACCAAAGCCCAUCUUUCUGAGCGGGAGUUCUGGGUGGAAUGACACCGCCAUGAUGCCACAGCAAUGCCUCAGCUCACGCCCAGGUGACCGUGGAGGGCGUGUUUGGCUCUCGGCCGAUCACAGAGGGAGCCCCGACAGAGUUAUCACCAACCUGGACUCAGAAAUAUUCACCUUCAAAUAACCUCCUGCAUCACUGACACUCCACUUCUGUGAUCUUGUGCAGACCUCCUUCCCCGAUUACAUGCCUUGGGAUGUUGGCGUCAUUUCGCAGCAGCUGCCAUGGAGAUACGCGGGUUCCUGUAGAAGGUCAUUUCAGACACAGCUUUCAGAUGUUGUGCCAGAUUCAGCUCGUCCACGCGGACACUAUUAUACAAGGCCGAGCACAGAGGUCCUCUGCAGCUCAGCUUCUUGAAUCCAACUGACGGCAUCAACACAGGAACAACGGACGGGAGGACGUCCCAUCCCUGCGGAACUUUGUGCUCUGCCUCUCGGCACCUGUGUGAGGAGCUACUUCACCUUGUUGAAGCUGGAUAAGACUCUGCUCCUCCAGUAACCGUAACCAUGCGUCACAUUCACGUCGAGUUAGCCAACAAAAAGGCUCCUCUUGAGCUUCCAGCACAGGAGGGGGAUCUGCCUCCGCCCACAUCCCCAACACAGGGCAUAGACCCAGGGGUCAGACCCGGGACACCCAGGCAUUACAGCCAGGAAGAGUUAAGGCUCCAGAAGGUCUACCAGCUCUCCAUUUUCUCCCAGUUGGGAGGAUUUUCUACCUCUACAGAGGCACAUGGUGAAGCCCAACAGAGGCCUGUCCGGUUGGGUGUGAAAAGGGGUUUAGAUGAGCCUCAGUUAACUCAUAAGCGCCCCCAUUUGGGGGACUCGACAGAAAAGGAGGCACUGGAGCGAGGGGUCCUGUGUGGUCCAGCCCCAGCUCAAGGUGUCGGGAUGGGGCUGGCAUCUGGGCCCGGAGGGCCUGGUUCAACAUAUUCUUGCAUACCGAUGGAGCACAGAGACUCCGAGGGGGGACUGUUGCCAAGGUCCCCCCCUCUCUCCCCAAACCACAACCCCUCCCGACGCCCAGCUCAGCACAAUCACGACAGGCCCAUUCCUGACGUAUUUGCCCCCCUCUCCCCCAAGUCACCUCCAAUGUGCGACCCGUACGGGCAUCCCUGUGACCAAGGUCACGCCCUGGGAGGCUCUACCAGGACCGAGCAAUCGAAUGGCGGUCGCGCAACACUCUCACUAGGUAGCCCCGGAAACGAGAAUUGUAGCAAUGGUUCGUCAGGAGGCCAGCCCAGCCCGCACAUUUACGAAAUGCCCACGUAUGAAAUCCCCAACCCGGCGAGCCCCACAAGUCCUCCAGGCCCUUUCUCCCCCCCACAUCAUUCAGAACUGCAGGAACCAGGGGAGGCCACUGAAUGGGAUGCUGGACUGGAAUCGUCCCCACCUGAGCGAAGUGCCACGCAGGCUGCCUCCUCCUCCUCCUCCUCACCCCAUGGCCUGGCCUCCUGGGAGAAAACUCCCAGCACCAAUGGCCACCGUCUACUCUCGGGAGGCCACUGGCCUGCCAAAAAGAGGCUGCUAUCGCCGAGUGACACGGGGGAGUCCUGUUCAGAAGACGAGGGACCGUCUACAUCUAAAAGAAGCAGGCUGUCGUUGCUGGCUCCAGGACUUGGGCCGGCUUCGUGCCGCAGCACCGAUGCAAAAGCUGCUCCCUACUGGAACCACCUGCUGCCCUCUGCAUGGGACAGACCUAAGACUGCUACAGACAACGUGAGAUCAGGGAGACGACUAAAGAAUGGGCUGCGACUGAAAAGCCGACAGCUGCGCAGCGGCAGGCACACGGACACCAGUGGCCGAUCAGCGCGGUCCAGUUGGCCGUCAUCAUCCAUCAGCAGGUCGCUGCUCGGUAACUUUGAGGAGUCCAUACUGAAGGGCCGAUUUUCCCCAUCUGGCCGGAUCGAAGGCUUCACGGCAGAGAUCGGCGCCAGCGGCUCCUAUUGCCCCCAGCACGUCACCCUGCCCGUGCAGGUCACGUACUACGACAUCUCCGAGCACAGCGCACCCUCUCCCUUCCUGGGGGUGAUAUCCCUGGAGCCCCUGGGAAAGAAAGGAUACAGCAUACCCAAAGCAGGGACCAUUCAAGUGACCUUAUUUAAUCCCAACAAAACUGUGGUGAAGAUGUUCCUGGUGACCUAUAACUUUAGCGAUAUGCCUGUCAAUCACAUGACCUUCCUGCGCCACCGCAUCUUCCUGGUGCCAGUGGAGGACGGGGUGGAGGGGAAAGGCGAGGCGUCUCCAGGGGCCGGAGCGCUCGACAGAAAGAAGAUUCUCUGCUACCUGAUACAUCUCAGAUUCCAGAGCUCCAAAUCUGGGAAGAUCUACUUGCACAACGAUAUCCGGCUGCUAUUCUCCCGUAAAUCCAUCGAGGUGGACACAGGGAUCCCGUAUGAGCUGAAAUCUUUCACCGAGGUGCCAAGAAACCCUAAAUACUCCCCCCGUUUGUGACCCCUGCCUGACCUUUCAAAGAACCCCCCCCCCACACAAUGCCAACGCAGCCCCUCCCUGUGCUUCCUGAAUGAGGGAGGGAGGGACACAGACGGGACUGCGACCAUGAUGGACAGGAAACUUAAUGAGACUCGAUGAGACACGCCACAAGCACACAAAACACACACUCGAUAUGAUGAUGGUCACGGGGAAAAAGUCCUGCUUUUCAGAUGUUCAGACUCUGUCACAGUAAAAGCGUCAGUGAAAAAGGUUCAAAGUUUCAACAUUUGAUAUUUGGUUCAAGAGGCGUCGCUGAAAGGCAACACUUUUUCUGUAGCCUCAUCUUCACUGAGAGGAAAAAAAAAACAGCACAUACACACACAUACACACACACACACACACACAGGUGGGUGAGACCCGCGCACUUCUCAUAAUAAAGUCUGGCAGCAGAAGCAGUUCUGGUGGCAGCCUCAUUGAGUUCAGUGUUAACAUGCAUGCCUUGUGACUUAAAAACACCUGAGUUUUCCUCUAGUGCCGUAUCACACUGUCCUUCACUCUGCCUGCAGCUCCAACUGCCUCAUCGGACCACUAAUUGUAACUCUUCAACACUGUUUUUUUUUUUCCCUUUUUUUCUGUUGUUUUUAUUUUUUUGGAGAGAUGUGACGUUAUAUACACACACACACCCCGUGACGAGCAGAGACUCAAACACUCGUGAAUUCAGUGGCUGGAAGAGAAUCGGCCAAAUCAACUGGAUGGUUUAUCCAAAAAACAUGAUUGAAUAAUAAUUAAAAAAAAGCCACACCCUCAUAAUUUGACCAAACUCAGGACAUCUGUUGAGAAAUAAAUUUCUCCUCUUCGCUCCUGUCACUCCUCAUGGUACAAACCACUGUGCACGCACGUCACGAAAAACAUGGGAACCCAGUUCAUUUCUUCGAUGUAGCCAGACUGAGGGACACUGUGCUGUUUUCUUUCUCAGAAGUUUUCUUUUUUUUUUAUUAGACUCUGUUCAAAACAGUCUGUCUGAGCAGAAAUUGGAAGAAAAAAAAAAAGAC